UCCAAACAGUCAUCAGUGGUACAUUUGAGCUGUGUUUGGAAAACUUUCUUAUUUCUAAGGUGAAUAUAUAUCAUGAUGAGGCAGAAUAACUGGAACAACGAUUGGGCAGACGUAAUACCGCCUAAUUUAUCCGAGCCUGAUGCUUAUAAUAAUUUUUUCUAUCCGGACCUUUGUCACGUUUGCAAGGGAACAAAUGGUGGAAAUUUGAUAUUGUGCAACGAGUGCCUUUCGAUUUCUUACUGCAGCGUCGAACACAAACACCUGCAUCGAGAAGAUCACACGGAGUUCUGCGUAAAUAUGAAGAAAUUUUUACGAUUACGUAGCAAAUAUGAAAAGUAUUCUCCAAGUAGAGUCGAUUGGGUCAACUCAAGGAGGGACCUUCUGAGGAUAAUGAAGAAAGAGAUGCGACGCCUAUUAAUGCCAUGCGAAGAGGAGAUGAUUAUGUUUGCAAAAUCAUGUUACGUCUGUUUUCAGGAGUUUGAUCUCAAAGUAUGUAACAUAUGCUAUUCCGCCAGCUAUUGCGAACAACACGAGCAGCAAUUUCUAAUUAAGCAUAAUAAGCAUUGUCCGGAUUUAACGUUCUGCCUGAACCUAGAAAUGAGACUCGCGGGGAUAAAGUUUGACUAUGAUUUCUCUAUUUUCCCGGACGAUAUGAGACAUGUUGACGACAUGGAGAGUUUUGUGAAAAAUUAUUGUUGCUGGGUCAUGUUUCCUGAAUUCUGGACAAGUAAGGAAUAUUUCUACACCGACUUCGUGUCGACACCGUUAACAGUGUAUUAUGGGAUGAUCAAAGCAGAGAUAGACAUUCUAAACGGACAUACUCAAUGUUUUGUGUGUCACGUAAUAACAUCAAGCUACCUCGAGGCAGAUUACGCAGCGGCCUGGGAACUUCUUCUUCAUGGUUUACAUGAGAUAAAGGAGCUAACGGUCGUGUUAAUAGGACUAGAACCCAAGGCCGAAAAUAGCUGCUUCGAUCUUUGUCGCAAAUGCAAGGAGCACGGACGGUCGCUUAAGUUCGAAUUUAGUCGUAUGUUACACCACGAAUACAUAAACAAUCCAUUGAACAAGCGACCAAAUGUGAUCAUAAGAUUCGAUGUAGAUUUGCACGAUGAGGUGACAUUGAUCGAUGUAUUGUCGUCACUGAGAUGUCCAAAUUUUUUUAUAUCAACAUCGGAGUCUAUUGCGCAAGAGAUCAAAACUACGUUGAGGAAUCUUACUGAGGAAAGUUAUUGUCCUAUGUAUAGCAGGCGAAAUAACUUUCGGUCCUUUCAACCACGGAGAGACUUUAAGACUGGUACCAUAUAUUAUCGUAAUAAUUAUGUAACUAUUUAUGAGAGUUUUUCUUGCAAUACGUAGAAGCGUCUUGAAAGUUUCUAAACUAAUAGGAUUCUUUCUCAAAGGUUAUUUUGUACAAAAGCUAUCUUUUUACAAGGCUCAUUUUGAACGACUCCUAGAGCUCCCGCAUAUGAUUUGCAUACUACUUUAUUAAUAUUACUGU